UCUGUUCCGUCGUUCGCUCGUUAACAGUCCCGGCUGUUUUCGCGGCACGUGGAGCCCGUGCCGGCUGCAGACGCGUACAGUCUUCCGUCGGGACACACGCACACUUCAUACAGGCCCUGGACGGUUCCUCUUUCCCCCCCCGGUGCCCAGAGGAAGAUUAGGUAGUCGCACCGUUCCAGCAUCCAGCACCAGCUGCACGGAGACAGGGGAGAUUAGCGGUUUAACAUCACAGCCCGAAACGGUACAGCCCACUCUAAAGGAACCAGAUACUGCGCAGGAUGUCCGUAUUGGACACUGCUUCCGCGCCUCCUGCCACAGCGUGGAUGUGGACUCCUUUAGGAGCGUCCACGCUCACGGACCGGGUGGGAGACUCCAACCUGAAAGGUAGGCGCAGCGCUGCUGAACGGCUGCAGGGACAUCCCAUCUGUACGUCUGCUCAGUCUCAUCUGUGCUCCCACUGGAGGAAUGACCUCAAAUCACAGUCCUCAAGAAGUUGCUGGACAGAAACGCCGAGUGAAACUGCGCAGAACAGACACGUCCAAACUUUCGGCGAAGAUCAACUAAAUACUUACAUUUAUAUUCCGGUACUGUUCCGUGAGGGAAGCUCUAAAAACCGAAAUGGGUUGGCCCAUUAGCCAGAACAGCGUAUGUCUGCUGACGCUGGUUAUCCUGGGCUCCUUACCGGUUCUGGGAUUGGCGGAGGAGCCCAGAGAGUGCAGAGAGCAGGAGUUCAAGGACAAAGCAGGGAGGUGCGUGGCCUGCCAGCAGUGCGAUGCCGGACAGGAGCUGUCAGAGGAAUGCGGCUUUGGCUACGGCCAGGAGGCGCGGUGUGUCCCCUGCCGGCCUGGGCGCUUCAAAGAGGACGGGGGCACGCAGAAAUGCAAACCCUGCCUGGACUGCGGUCACAUCAACCGCUUCCAGAAGGCCAACUGCUCGUCCACGGGGAACGCGGCCUGCGGGGCCUGCCUGCCAGGGUUUUACAGGAAAACUAAACUGAGUGGAUUCCAGGACAUGGAGUGUGUGCCAUGUGGAAACCCACCACCUCCGUACGAGCCUCACUGUGGAGGCCGGGUGAACCUGGUGCCCAUCCAGGCCACGGUGACCAGCCCUCGGGACAUGGCCCUGGCUGCGGUCAUCUGCAGUGCCCUGGCCUCAGUCCUCCUGGCCCUGCUCAUCCUGUGUGUCAUCUACUGCAAGAGACAGCUCCUGGAGAAGAAGCCCAGGGUGUCGGUGAGGUCACAGGACAGCGUCUGUAACGGGGCGGAGCUCUCCUGCUUUGACCGGAGGCUGAUGCAGACCUGCUGCCACUGCCACCAGGGCCCAGUGCAAGCCUAUGGCCCGGUGCCUCUGCUCCCCUCCCUGUGCUGUGAGGAGACCUGCAGUCUGGAGCGCGGCAGUGAGGCCUGCCCCCUCCACUCCCGGGGAAGCCUGGGCGACGGCCUCUCCAAUCCUGUAGGGGGCAGUGUCCCUCUCAGUCUGAGCCAGAUAUCAGACUCUACGGGCAUGGAACCUGCUGAGACCUGGACACACACAUCCAACUCGGAGAGCCUGGACUGUUCCCACUGCUACCUGGAAGAGAGAGAGAGUCCCCUGACAGACAGCUCUGCCCCCCACGGACAGACAUCCACAGAGGAGGAGCCACCCUACCCACAAUUCCCGGAGCGCACGGUUGACCAACCCUCAGAAGACCAGGCCAAUACCAGGAGCAGCAGCCCAACCGAGAGUCAUCCAAUAUCCCAGAAUUCAUUGCAAGAAUAAAACGGAUUUAGAGGAUUUUUGUUGCGUGCGUCUUUCAACCCUGGAAUCGGCCCUAGUAAGAGAGCAGAACUGUCAGCUCCGGUGUCGAGUUUCUUCAGCCCCAAGUCUCCAAAGAAAAGAACAGAGCACACAAUCCCUUUCAAGUGUGGCCUAACCCGUGUCCCUCCGCAGGGCCUGUAUACCGGGCCGUGUCAGUGUUUCCAGCCCUUUAUCAGGCACAUCCAACAAAGGAGAAAAGAAGCAGGAGGAAGAGAUACUCAACAAAGUCCAAUGCUGAGUGAGAGCUGGCUGGGUGGAAGAACUGCUGCACUCUACACCGUAAUGAAGUUUUAUUAAAAAUUAAAAUGACUGGGGAUUCAGCCAACUGUCACAUGAUAACCUUUGGUUUGAACAAGCUGUUCGGUUGCUUUAAAUCAGACAACAAAGCACAAAGGGAUCUCUCCAGACUUCGGGAUCUGUAGUCCAUAGCCCAUGUGGACCUUAAGAAGUUUUGGGCACCGGAUAAAGAAAACUGCCCCAUCGACCGAUUGUUGAACUUGAGAAGGAACGCCCCCAUUUCAACGGGCAUGUUUGAACGUGCCGUUAAUGUUUAAAUGGGAGUGAUUUGACUCGGGAGUCUGAAUGGCAGUUAAGAUUCAAAGCAAUCUGAUGCACUCUGAGGAAAACAGUAGAGAGAGAAUAGCGAACAGGCAAGCACGACGUGCGGUACCUGUGCAAGCAUGUGCGUGUUCGGUUCAGCUAGUAGACUCUGUAAAGCAGGAAGCAGAAUGCUAGUCCCUUUGCUUCAGGCACAGCUUCCAAAGCUGUGUCCAUUUUCAGAUAGCCUGGUAGUGUUUGCUGUGUAUAUACUGUACUUUGUACCUUCACCAUGGAUCUGAACAUCACGUUCUCAGUGUUCAUAAAUAAAUGCUGCAAACGUGCAUCGUCA